AUGGAUGCAAAGUUAAAAGAAGACCUGUUCCGGAGAUAUGUGGGGGCACUGGAAAGGCGCCUUCAAGAUGGAGGGGAAAAAUAUGGAAUAGCAAACUCUCAUGAGGGGGACUAUGGCAGACACAAAGACAGUGAGGCCCUGCUUUCUACAGCUACAGCACUACUUGGUGCCUAUCAGCCAGAUCCAGGACAGCGUUUCCGCAUGGUGCGGUUUUAUGAAGUUGUUGAGGGUUCGCUGCGCUGUCAAAGGGGAGGCAAUCUCAGGAGCCUGGAGAGAGCGUUCCACACCCUGGAAACCAUAUGCACCAAUCUCUUACUCUUCCCCUGGAAGAAAGAGUUUAGAUGUAUAAAGGCUUUCACUGGCCCAUAUGUGUACCAUCUGAAGUCUGCCAUUUCAGAUGCUGAGCUUCGUUCUCUAAUGUGCACAAUUGGCUACACCUGUGACCACGACUCGCAGUUUUAUUUCCAGGAGCAUCCAGGAGGCACGGGUCAUCUCCGCCAGUUGUCUUUUGAGCUCUUCCUUGCCCAGGCAGAGUGUCGUCUUCUGGGGGAGGUAGUGGCACUGGCCCGGGGUUCCGCUUCCGAGUUAGAAGCGUUAGAGCUCCGCAAGGGCUGCAGAGAUGACGCAGCAGGCUGUGCUGAGGCGCUUCGCAGGCGUGACAGCCUCGGGGUGGACAUGGCUCGCCUGUCUGUGCAGCCGCUAGAUAUCGAGAGGCCUCAUGCUCACCACCUGAGGCGAGGUAGCCGGCCGUCGAAGUCUGUGGAUGUGACAGAUGGGGCGGGUCACUGGCACGCAGCAGUUACCAAACCGAUCCUGAAAGCCUCAUUGAGUCUGAGGAAGGAGCCUGUAUUUGUUGAUGCCGAGGAAGAUAUGAAGGAUGAGAUCAUUAGGCCCAACACCUCAGCAUCUCUUUUCUCCGUGGCAGCACCCCCUUCUUAUAGCCCCAUUGCCGAUUUCUUCCCCACACAGUCGCCCCCACCAGCUGACGCUUAUACAUCCUAUCAUCUUUCGUCUUUGGAUGAGAUCGACUUGUACACAGAGAGGGGUGGGGGUAGCGCCGGUGGAAGACAAACACCCUCGCGGCCUCCUUCCAGAGAGCCCCGAGAUGCCCGAGACGGGUGGCUGCUCAAAUCCCAUGGUAGUGUGAAGUGUCAGGGCUGUGGGAUGGGCUGCUCAACAGUGGCCUCCUGCCAGCAUUGUGACGUGAUACUGUGCUCGACAUGUCAUGACAUCGAGCCCUCCCCAUGCUGCAGCCUGCAGGAGUACCACCUGAAAUCAACCCGACCAAUCGAUGGAUACGUUCCUGUCAAGGAGAAGCUUUCCGUCUACUCGAACACUCACUCCCACUCCCAUCUCCACCCCCACCCACUCACACUGACCCAUUCGCAUACUCACUCCCACCCUCAUCCCCAUGUGGGUGACAAGCCUCUGUUGUCCACAAAGCCGUUCCCGAGUAAGUCAAUUGCCUUGACUACGCCGAAGGGAAGCAGCAGUGAGCGCAUGAGCAUGGGAGGAUCACGAUGCAGGUUUUGCAACAAGCCAGGUGCGUCUCAAACAUGUGUCACCUGCUCCAAGGUAUCAUGUGACUCAUGCAUUGGCUUGUAUGCCAAGGAUAUGUGCACGCGCAAGAAUCCCCAGCACAUGUUUGUACCCAACCAUCAACUCAACUUCAAAUCUGGCACCAUCUCUCACAUGGUGUACCGAUAA